AUGACCUCUCACUCUCACUCACAUGAUGGAGCUUCGCACUCGCACGCAGCAGAGGACCAUGGCCACACUCACGAAGUUUUGGAUGGUCCAGGAUCCUUUCUUGGCCGUGAAAUGCCCAUCAUAGAGGGUAGAGACUGGAAAGACCGAGCUUUCACAGUCGGCAUUGGUGGACCCGUAGGUUCCGGGAAAACUGCCCUGAUGCUUGCACUAUGCCAUGCCCUUCGCGACAAGUACAACAUCGCCGCCGUAACCAACGAUAUCUUUACCCGCGAAGACUGCGAGUUUCUCACCCGGCAUAAAGCUCUACCAGCUGAGCGGAUACGAGCCAUCGAGACCGGGGGAUGUCCGCAUGCAGCUGUACGAGAAGACAUAUCAGCGAAUCUUGCUGCCCUCCAAGAGCUCCAAAGAGAAUUUGGUACCGAGAUACUGCUGAUAGAAAGUGGUGGAGAUAACUUAGCUGCGAACUACUCACGAGAGCUGGCUGACUACAUCAUAUAUGUCAUCGAUGUCAGCGGAGGAGACAAGAUCCCAAGAAAAGGAGGGCCUGGCAUAACGCAGAGCGAUCUUCUGAUUGUCAACAAGACAGAUCUGGCGGAGCUGAUUGGUGCCGACCUGAAUGUCAUGGACAGAGAUGCAAGAAAGAUGCGUGAGGGAGGGCCGACCAUCUUCGCGCAAGUCAAGAAUGGCAAAGGCACGGACCAUAUUGUGGAUCUAAUCCUCAGUGCGUGGAGGAGUAGCGGAGCGGCGGCCGGAAGCGCAUCGAGUGGCAGCAAGUAG